GUUUACAGGUGAUUGCCGUUGGACGACUUCCAUACUUCCAGCUCUACCGGGCGGCAGAGCAGAGGGAGCGGGGUGCAGCUCCACCGCAGCGCGGCUCAUGUCUGCUCUACACACCGGGACACGCACACACGCUUCUCGGUAACAACUUCAACAAGUCUGAACAAGAGCAGACUCCUGCUCAUGAUGACGUGAAGGACCUCGGUCUCAGCUGGGUUGAUCAAAGCCUGUGUGUGUGUGUGUGUGUGUGUUCGUGUCUUGACAUUUGCUCCACCUCCUCCGCCCUGAGCUGAAGUUGAGUCGCGGUGAGUCAGUUUCUCAAGAGGAAGCAGACGGGAGGUGGGCUACAGUCAGAGAGAGGAGAAACACAGAGAAGAGUGACGAUGGCUGACAACAAGAUGGGCCCAAACCUGCAGGCUGGAGCCGGAUUCCUCGCCAAGCGGGUCCAGAAGUCCCUGAAUCGAGCUCAGGAGAAGGUCCUUCAGAAACUGGGCAAAACCAUGGAGACCAAGGACGAGCAGUUUGAGCUUUGCUUCCAGAACCUCAACAAACAACAGAUGGAUGGAGGCAGGUUGUUUAAAGAUGUCAAAGCUUACUACACGGCAGUGAAAGCUGUGCACGAGACGUCGAAGCGGCUGUCCCAGACGUUGCGAGACAUCUACGAGUCGGACUGGAACGGGGCGGAGGACCUUGCCGUCAUUACAGAGAGUGAAGAUUUGCUGUGGAACGACUAUGAAGAGAAAAUGAGCGACCAGAUUGUCCGAACAAUGGAGAACUACACGAGCCAGUUCCCUGAGGUCAAGGAACGAGUCGCUAAACGCGGUCGCAAGCUGGUGGACUACGACUCGGCACGUCACCACCUGGAGGCGCUGCACAGUGCCAAGAAAAAGGAUGACGCCAAAAUCGCAAAGGCAGAAGAGGAGUUUAACAAAGCCCAGAAUGUCUUUGAAGAAAUAAAUAAAGAGCUGAGAGAGGAGCUGCCUGUUCUCUAUCAGAGCCGUAUAGGUUGCUACGUGACCGUGUUCCAAAACGUAUCAAACCUGAGAGAUGUCUUCUACAAGGAAAUGAGUGUGCUUAACCGGGAGCUCUACAAUGUGAUGAAGAAACUGGAGACUCAACACUCUGGGAAAGCUUUCAUCAUCAAGGGUCUGAACAGUAGCACGUCAACCAAGUCAAAGAAGAGGAAGUCGCUGGUUAUCUCCAACCCCAUCCCCUGCAAUACUGCGUUCCCAGCUGACCAUGUCUCCAUCCACGCCUCCACCCAAAACGGUAAAGACGCUGCACCUUCUUCCCCUGUCCAGCGAACUCAAAGCAUCUCUGAAGAAACCAACCCACCGGAGGAGAGCAGCGUCUCAUCCAAAGAUGUCAACUCGUCAGAUUCGGAUCUCAGCUCCAGCGGCACCAACACGCCCAAGAGGCAGUCGGUGUGUGACAAUGAGAACAGCGACAGGAGCACAGGCGGUCAAAGUCCAGAGGACGCAGAGGAGGAGGAGGCGGCGGCGGCGGUGGCUGAAGAUGAUGCUGAAGUUGAUGCUGCGGCUGAAGCUGAUGCUGAAGUUGAUGUUGAUGCUGAAGCUGAAGCUGAAGCUGAAGCAGAGCUUGCUACAAACCAGUCGGAUGACUCCGGGGUGGGAGUUGCAAAGUCAGAGGCAGCAAGUCAGGAAGCGUCCAGUCCCUCUGACUCUGCAGAGAGCGAUGCCCCACAGAGUGCGGAGCAGGAGGCUGUGAGUGAUCCUACAUCAGAGGAGGCCGAGCCCAAACCUGCACCAGUUCCUGCUCCUCGCCUGUCCUUCCACUCCACAGACGCUUCCCCCCUCCUCCCUGCUGAGGAGCAGGAGGAGACAAAAGAAGCGCCAGUCAACCAGGAGACAGCUGAAUCAGGAGAUGACUCCAGUUCCCACAGUCCACCUGGCUUCCUAUACAAGGGGGUGGCGCUGGAGAGUCAUGCAGCGUCUGAAGACGGCCUGCUGCAGUUUGAGCAGGGAGAUGUCAUCCUGGUGCUUGCUGACACUCGAGAGCAGGACGGCCUGGUGAAGGGGAUCAGGGAGGAGAGCUGGAACCAGCACAUGGAUCUAGAAAAGCACUCUGGGAUCUUCUCGGAAAAACUCAUCCAGCCUGUCGAGGUGGAGUGAGGCAAUAGUCACUCCUCAAAGUUUCUUCCUCCUCUGAACAGUUAUGAUGAGUCACACACACACACACACACACACACACACACACACACACACACACACACACACCCACCCACUCACAGAGGGAGUGAACCCAUAUGUUUUGGGUGCAGAAACUGAACAAACAGAUGAGCACAAGUCCCACGUGGUUACUCACAUGCUAUGAUGUAGCCUGUGGAACAACAGUGACUGAGCUGCAGAACAUUUUGUAAGAGAUGUUUGGAAAAGUUACAGUAUUUUGCUCUUUUUGUAUUUUCAAUGUCUUUCUAUACAACACUGUGAAACAAAAAACUUUUUAUAAUGAUGCUUUAAUCUUUGUAAAACUUGCCAAUAAAGUUCUAAGUAAAAGAGAA